GGGAGGCUGUUCCGUCCACCCGGCAGACCAGAGAACCGGGUCUGGGAGGAAAGGUCCGUGGCCUUGUUUCAGCACCAGAGAGACGAUAGGAAACAUUUAAAUCUGUCUGAUGGCAGGAGGGAGAUUCAGGACACGCCAGGAUUCUCAAAGUCGAACCUCUCCAACAUCUUCAUAUUACAUCCAGUCAGACUAGGGAGCGGGGAUAGCACCUCCCUCGUCCUAUCUGCUGGAGAAAGAGAGAGGGGGGCAGAGAGACUGAGAUUGCGUGUGCGUGCUCCUCCGUGUGUGCGUGAGUGUGUGUGAGAGAAGAGAGUGUGAGUGUGUCGGCGGUGCUGGGAAUCGGACGACAUGAGCUCUACAUGAGUCGUGUAAAAAAAAUAUGCUUUAAGACGCUCUCGGCGUUUGCGUUUGACCCCUCCGAACCGAGGACGAGCCUGAAGCGGAGCCGUGCGCAUUAAAGAUCCAUCACGACCAGGUGCAGCACUGUCUUAAGCCUGCAGAGGCAGAAUGCCGGAGCAGAGCAACGACUACCGGGUGGUGGUGUUCGGCGCGGGGGGCGUGGGGAAGAGCUCCCUGGUCCUGCGCUUCGUUAAGGGCACGUUCAGGGACACCUACAUCCCCACGGUGGAGGACACCUACCGGCAAGUGAUCAGCUGCGAUAAAAGCGUGUGCACCCUGCAGAUCACAGACACCACGGGCAGCCACCAGUUCCCAGCCAUGCAGCGCCUCUCCAUCUCCAAGGGCCACGCCUUCAUCCUGGUCUACGCCAUCACAAGCAAACAGUCUCUGGAGGAGCUGAAACCCAUUUAUCAACAGAUUUUGGCCAUAAAAGGCAAUGUGGAGGCCAUCCCCAUCAUGCUGGUGGGCAACAAGAGCGACGAAACCCAUCGUGAGGUGGAGACCAAGGACGGGGAGGACCAGGCCAACCGCUGGAAGUGCGCCUUCAUGGAGACGUCGGCCAAGACCAACCAUAACGUCACGGAGCUCUUCCAGGAGCUGCUCAACCUGGACAAGAAGAGGAACAUGAGCCUGAACAUCGACGGCAAGCGCUCCGGGAAGCAGUCCCGCGCAGAGAGACUGAAGGGCAAAUGCAGCGUGAUGUAGAUCGAGGAAGAGGAGAGGAGACGGAAGGAGAGGGAAGGAGAGGAGGGGAAAGAGGAUAUGCUGAUCGGGAGAGAUAAAUGAGAAGGACAGGACAAAGGAGAGACUCUCUGUCUAUCCAAUCAAAGCAAAAAUGUUGCGAUGGCAAUGGGAAUCUUAUUAUCCACAUCCUCCAUUUGUUUGAGUUGGGAUUUCAGAACCACAGCAGUGCACCGGAAAGAAGCAGCUCUUCAGAAGUGUUUGUCUGAGUGGGUGGAGGUGAGACGGCGGCGCAGCGUCCAGGAACCGUGGAGAAGACGAGCGAGGAAACGGAACCGCGGAGGCUGCGGAGACAUCAGAGCCGUCGUAGAAGCAGAAUAAAGGUCCCCGAUUAGUUCAAAUCAUUUAUCUUUUCAUCUGGCCUCUUCAUGUGCGCUUCUCCAUCUCCCACUGUCCCAUCAUCUUUAGAAAUAACCAGUUUUUACUUUGCUUGGGAUCAGUCAUCUCCUGAAAUUGGGUCCAUUGUUGUAAAAACUGCGGGAAUCACACAUCUGAGACUGCCAGCAUGAGCAGCACUCAGCCGGACAUCCAACCCAGGCAGGUCCCGGAGCCACAGCACCGGGCUCCGCUGUAUAUAACCACGGGGGUGUGUAAAUAUCGUCCAUCUAGCCUAAACAUCUUUAGCCUCAACUAAUCACUCAGUCACAGGAGAGAAGCAACUCAAGUCUGACAGCGUUAACGAUUCACCUCAUCGUUCCUCCUCGGAGAAGGAGAGGGGGAGAAAAUAUGAUUCAUUUCUCUUCUGGUCUUGUAAAAAAAAAAAAGAAAACAACAACUUAGCAACAAAACCUCUGAAAAUCAUCACAGUAAACGAGGAGGUAGCUUGUACACUGAUACACGCAACAAUCCUUUUAAAACGUUCAUAAAAUGUAGAAUAACCCAAGAGGAGGAAGGCGAACCGGAGGACGAAGAAGGAGAAACGAGGCUGCCUUGUUUUACCAGGACGGAUAAUCGAUGCCGAGAUGGAGAGACGAAGGAAAGAGGUCAAGAAUAUCAGCUCGCUUUGACACUUUUCAUGUGAAAAUUUCUCUUUAUGCCUUUUUUUUUCCUAGUCUGUUUGCUUGAUCUUUGAUCUUGAUCUGUUUGCAAUGAUCUUUAAGAAUCACACUAAAUGAAGCACACUGAAGGAGGGAGGAAAACAGGAGGUUAUGAGAAAACACGAUCCACCUGGAGAACUGCUAGUCCUGUUUCUAUUUUUGCUGGUUUGAUUAUAAAUACACAGCAGACAAAUCUGAACCUCUGGUAAAGAUACAGUAAAAAAAAAAACUUGAAGCAAAAGCAGAAUUGAGGUAUGGAGGCUAAGAUGUUGUGUCUGUGGAACCAUUCCUGACUUGAUUUGACUAAAUGUUGUGAAUCCUUAUCCUGCUAAAAGAUGCCACAUUUUUAUUAAAAAAAAAAAAAUCAAAGAGUUUCAUAGUUCAUAUAUUCUUAGAGGCUUUGCAUGGAAGAGGAACAAGAUUUUACAGAUUCCUCAGUCUGUAGAUUUAGAGAUGUUGCAGCAUCAUUUGCUAAAAUCUUCUCUUACCUUUGAAAGAAACUGGCCUCUGAGACAGGAAGUCGUCGAUUACUAGCUUUGGGGUAAAAACACUUAAUUUCCUCAGCAUGGAAUUUUCUUCCUACUCAAUAAAUUCAUUUACACUAAAUAUUUUUCAGUAUCAGACAAUCCUACUGCAAUAAAAUAUAAUCUUUUAAGGUUUUGGUGUUAGCUAAAGGAAAUUGAUCUCUUGUCAUGUCGUAUUUUUACUCAGAGACGGUGUCCGCUGUACGGGCUGUAGCCCAGGGUAGCAUUAGUGGGGGGAUGGACACACAAAAGUAAUUCUUCCCAAGUGGAAAAUUUAAAUUUUUUACCACCUGCACUGUAUUGUAGGUUUGGAACGGCAGAAGUAUUCUUCCUUGUAAAGAGUUACCAAAAAAAAAAAAAAAAAAAAAAAAGAAAAAAUUU